AUGCCGUACAUGUCAUCGCAGGCUUUGCCAAGAGUGCCUCCUCCCCCGCCACCGCCUGAAGCCACCUCAAGCCUGUCGCCAGAUAAAAUUCGGGAAAGCGAAGAGAUUGAAAAUCUUAGAAGGGAACUAGCAAAAGUCAAAGAAGACCAACGAGCGAGGGAGGAGCGCCAGCGGCAGGAGGAGUUCGAGAGAAGGGUUCAAGAAGAAGCGGAAAAGCACAUGAAGCAGAGAAUGGAAGAACUCCGACUUGCUCAGGAGGUCGCGAAGAAGGAGCUCGAAGAAGCAAAAGCACAAAUAGAGAAAGCCGCCCGAGAGGCAAUCGAAGUUGAAAGGCAAGCUGAAGAACAGCGCCGAGUACAGGAACGAGAAGAACUCGAAGAGUGCCAGAGAGUCGCUAGAGCAAAGCUUGAGGCAGAAUUACGUGCCAGAGCCGAGCGGGAGCAGCUGAAAGAACAGGAAGCACAUCGCCUCAGAAUGGAUGCUGAAGCAAAGGUGGAAGCCAGGCUGGCAUAUGAGCAAGAGCAGAGGCGACGAAUUCAAGAGGAAGAGGAAGAGAAGGAACGGGUGCGCCAACAAAUCAGAGACGAAGUGCGGCUUGAGUUUAUGAAACGAGAGAGAAGAUACAUAAGCUCAUCGUCAGAGACCGAGUCUUUCAGCUCACGAUCUUCCCUGAGCAGCAGCUACUUGAGUCUGAGUACCACCAGUCGGAGUAGGUCUACUAGCUCAAAGAUCUCAGCUCGGCUGAAGGCUCCAAGCUGUAGCUCUUGCAGAGCUACGAAGGCGCUCAGUAUCGGCUCAUCUGACAAUGUCAAGGCUCUGAACCUUCAGACGUCGGACGAUGGCGCAGCAGGUAGUACGCAAGGAGACGACAAAACAAAGGACGCAACUCUGGACCCGUUCAUGUACCUUGAAAAGACAUCAACACCGCCGCCGCCGAACCUGCAAAGAAACGAUGUUGAAACGCAAGAGCCAUACUGGGCUUGGGAACACUACUCUAGUAGACUACCGUCUGGAUCUAUUCCGGAAGAUGCAGGAUACACAUACGCCGAUCUAGAGAAUCUUGCAUUACAGGAAGGCCAGCUUCCAUCCGACGAUGACGAAAGUGGAAGUUCAUCGAGUACUGGGACAGAUAGUGACGACAAUGGUUCCAGUCUAGGCAUCGGAGGUAUCUUUGAGCACGAAGCUUCUGACGAUGAGGACUCAGAUGCCGGGACUGUGAUUGCGGCAUUCGAUAAGCCGAGGCUCACUCCAUCGUUUAUUCGCGAUGAUGGUGCUCGUACAAAGGGAAAGGAAAUCUUGUCGGUCCAAGGAACGCAAGCAGAGCGCCUUUCGAACCCUGAGGUGGGGAGUCCUUGUUAUGGAAACGGUCGCUUCCCGAGCACCGAAAAUUCGGAGCAAAACCGACCGAAGACGCAAGAGCUUCCGCUGAAGAUCCCAGCUCAAGAAGAGGCGACCUUGCCCGCCGCUUUGGUUCAGUAUCUUAUUACAGAGGGCAACGAAGAACAGCAGCAAGCUGCUAUUGAGGAGUUUCAAGAGGAAAUCGAUAAUGGAGACGGAGGGUUCCUCUGCAGUCGCAAGAUAUGA